AUGUUGCCGGCGAUUGAACCUCCAAAGGAAGAGAAGCGGUUUCAAGGUGAAUAUGUGGAAACUUAUUUUGGAGAUCCAGAUGGUGUGAAAGAAGAUGCGCCGGGACCAAACUAUGUUGAGCUUGCAGCCAAAGUGACACCAUCAAUGAGAGAAGAGCGUAUACGGGAAAGCAAGCUACAAGGGCAAAUGAAAGAGAGAAGAAUGAAAAAUCCGGAGGCGAGAAAGGACCUGCACCAAGAAAAAGCACUAAGAGAGGCAGCGAAACAGAUGAAAGUAGAAGAUUUACCAAAAGAUGAAGAUCCAGAUGAGUUCGGAAUUGAAGGUGUUUACAAAUGCGGAAACUGUUUGGUUGGAUUUGCACCAGUGAAAAAGAAGAAGUUGAUGUUCGUGACCCUAACUGAGCGAUGUUUGGAACUUCAUGACUCUGAAAAGGCGUACAGAGCUGGCAAAUCAGCAAAGCAUAUGGUGGAUCUCGCAAUGUCUUUCAAUGUUCACAGCGAGCAUUAUGAUGCAAAACUAAAGAAAUGCUUAUGCUUGAUGGGCCCAGAUGAAACAAUCUGUAUGAGACCGGAAGGUGGAAUUUUAACAAUUGAGGGAUGGAGACGUGCAAUUACAAAAGCAAUUCAUGAUGCGAGAAGAAGGAAAAUGGACCGUGAACCGAGGCCAGAGGAUAUGUUCGAUGCCGCAUAUGACAUCCGUAUCUGCCCAUCAACAAAAAAUGCAGAGAAAUAUCAGAGUAAGUUGAAAAAAGAUGGAAUGAUCAAUAUAUGCACUAUUGCAAAGGAGUUGGCGGGAAAGAAAAGAUUAUGCUUAUUUCCUCAUUCGUUAGCAAUUGUUGACCUAUGCAUUGAACCAACUGCUUACGGACUCCCGCCUGCAGGAUUUCCACCAUAUCGGACUGCUAAUAUGUUCAUCUUAGAAAGAAGUACAAUAGCUUAUUACGGGCAUCGCGAUGAGUACUUUUUCAUGAGAAUCGGGAAAGGAAGCCCAUAUCGUGGUUACGAAAUUUUAUUUCAAGUUGAAAACAAUGACGUAUGCAAAGAGAUUUAUACACGUAUCAGACACUUGGCUGAGCGGGAUGUUGAAUCUAGGAAACAGGAAAUGGCGAGGAGGGCCGAAGGAAGCGAUAUGCAUGGAAUGGAAUCGCUUUCUGUUCCUUCCCCGCUUUUGCAUCGUACCAAACUUUCCCUCGAUACACCGGUGCUCACUGCUCGGGAUCGUCGUCUUAUGUUGGGAAGGGAUUCACUCUCGUUUGCAUCUCUUGAAAGAGAUGAUUCUGCUCCGUCGUCACCAUUCGCCAACUAUAACCGUCCCCGUGGAUCAUUGGGAAACUUUCAGAUUGACCAUCUUUCUAGACUUGACCAACAACGUGGAUCAAUUCAUUCUCUUGGAAAUCUGCCGAUUGAUAGGUCCAGACUCAAUGUACCACGAGCAGCGUUCCCAAGUGUAAAACAAGCAAAAGAAGAAACUGGUCUACGUGAAGUAUUAUUCGAGUCUUAUGCACAGAUGAAAAAGAAGAACUCAACUCAAUCCGAGAGAGGCGAGAUUUUGAUUCCGGAUCAAGAAAGAAAAAUGUCAGAUAAUAGACCACGUAGAAGGACUCAAGAUGAAAAAGACAUUUCGAGGCCCGAGAAAAAGUCACUUGAGCCUACAAGACCAAGAUUGCCACCUCUCAAAUUCAACGCCAAUAAACCGUCUGGCGAGUUUCUCAUAGCACUUCAACGGGAGAAAGAACUUUUGGAAGAAGCAAAGAGAAACGGAUCCGACGGGAAACCAACUAAUCCUGACGGAAAUCUGAGACAAGUGAAAAAGGAUUUUUUGGAUGUGCAUGGUCCCCCACCACUUCCGCCCGAUGUGGGUAUAGUCCCGAAGCAGUUGAAUAGCGACUACACUCUGAUGGGCCCAGGUGAUUGGAACAAAAUGGAGGAGUUGAAAGACGACUACUCGGAUAGUGGGGACAGCUGCUAUUCCUCUAGGAGGGGAACAGAGACUCAUCGUUCCCGUCCGAUCCAGCCACACUUGGCAUGUCAAAUGCCAAACAGAGCACAAUCGUUUGGUGCCAAGCAACUGAAAUUCUCCAACAGACUUCCUCCUACAGUAAACCUGCCUGAUUCAGAACGGAAGAUAUCUGCUGCUGUUCAAAGUACAGCUAACCAACUGGACCUUCCUGAAGAUGACCCAAGAAAAAGAGCAUUCUCACUUGGGAGCAGAAAUUUUUUCAGUCUCAUUGGGUUCACUGAUUUCCGCCGUCUCGUGAGUAAACGUCAUCGCACCACAUCUCCGAAUCACACUUCAACUUCCGGGAUCUCAUUGAACUCAUCCAAUCCUUCUCCAUCUGCCAGUAGUAACUUUUUGGCGUCUGCUGAGUAUCUUGAACACACAAGAACUGAAAGUUUUGGGUCAUCAGCUAGAAGCAGUCCUUCCAAAGGGUAUUCAUCAUACCGGACCACAUCUCCAAAACGGAAAUCUGACGAUGAUUUGGUAUCUAUUGACUUUUCAAAACUAGGAAAAAAGAACUCUAUCACUGAAAUGAAACGAUCUCCUUUCGGAGGCGGUGGACCGGGUGGCUCCUUUGAUUAUGAUAGACAAAAGAGGGAAAAAGAGGAAAAUGACAGAAAUGAAAGAGAACAAAAAGCAAUGGACUUAAAAAGGAAAGAAGAAAUGGAAGCAAGAGAACUAGCUGCCAAGAAAAGAGAAGCCGAGAGAAAGAUUCAAGAGAAAAAGGAACGGAAAUUGGAAAAGGAACGUGAAAAGGAAAGACAAAAAGAGAAGGAUAGAGAACAUGACCAGGAGAAAGACUUCCGUCCGAAAGCUGAUAGUGGAAUUGCUGAUUGCACUCCUGGUUCAAGUUUUUCAGGGAAGAAAGAUGGGAAAGGUGGAGACUCAUCUUACGUUGAUGCAGAGGGAUUGAGAUUCCUUGCAGACAUUAAGAAGAGAAAAAAGGAACAAGAAGCAUUGGAAACAACUACAUCAUCCUCUUCCUCUCUCAGUACUAUCGUUUCUCUUGAUGAUAACAAAACCGCUCGCAAAAUUACAAAAACAGCAGAAACAACAACAACCAACAUUUCCAAAGCAAUUGGGGCAGUUGAUAUCAACAGAAGAUCUUCUACGUGUGCUGAGUUGAACCGUAAACCAUCAAUUUGUACUGCUAUUAUGGAAGAGAAGGAGGGAGAAGCAUCGGAAACAGAAUCCAGAGGAGAGCCGUCUGAUAAAAAGACGUCUGCUGCACCGGUGACUCGUAAAACUGCAUCUACUGGUAGUAGCAUGAGUCCUUUCAGAAGACUCAAAUUCCUCAGCUUCCGCAAAAACUAA